AACAUUCUAUAUAAGAACCAUCCGUUGUUUGUUCCACCGCGAAGCGGCUCUCGCGAAACCCUAGAAAACCCUAGCUGAGGAGAUCCACUGAUCCAGAGCGAAGGCGGCGAUGACCUUUAAGCGCAGGAAUGGCGGGAGGAACAAGCAUGGCCGUGGCCAUGUCAAAUUCAUCCGCUGCUCCAACUGUGGCAAGUGCUGCCCCAAGGACAAGGCCAUCAAGAGGUUCCUUGUGAGGAACAUUGUGGAGCAAGCUGCAGUGAGAGAUGUUCAGGAGGCCUGCGUUUAUGAUGGGUAUACUCUUCCCAAGCUGUAUGCGAAGGUGCAGUAUUGCGUGUCCUGUGCAAUCCAUUCGCAUGUUGUCAGGGUUAGGUCUCGCACUGCCAGGAGAAACCGUGAGCCGCCUCAGCGUUUCAGGCGCCGGGAUGAUGUUGCAAGGCCAGGCCAAGCUGCAGCUGCACCUCGUCCUGCUGGACCUGCAAAUCCAGUUCGCCCAUGAUCCCAACAACCUCUACUACUCCCAUCAUCUUCAAACAUUCCUAAAUUUCCAAACUAUGAAAUUUCUGUUUAAAACUCUUGUCAAAUGUUCUCAAGUCUCAGACUAAUUUGCUUUGAAUCAAUCUCCAAGAACUUAAAUGUUGCUAAACCAUUGCUAUUCUCUUUUUAACAUCAUAAAGUGAUGUACUUUCAAGACAAAGAUUAUCAUCAUAGUGCAUCAAGUUUGGGAGACAA